UGAGAACACAAAAGAGUUACCGGCACCAAUCAUUUUGGAUGAAACCACAUCCGUCGAUAACAAAUCGCAGUGAAAUCAAUCAAUUCUUUGUUUCCGCAUUCCCAAUUUCAAAACCGGAUUCCCUUAAUUUCGAUUCAACAUUCUUUGGAUACAGAGAAAGGAGAAACAUACAUAACUCUUCAUUACCAAUCAAACCCAUCUCUUCCAAUCAACAGAUCUCAUAAUAUUUUAUUCCAAUUCAUUUUCUUUCAAUUUUUUGUUCGAAUCGUUAUGGGCAUAUGGGAAGUUUUCCUCAAUUGGCUGCGAAGCCUCUUUUUUAAGCAAGAAAUGGAGCUUUCUUUGAUUGGUCUUCAGAAUGCUGGCAAAACUUCACUUGUUAAUGUUGUUGCUACCGGUGGAUACAGUGAAGACAUGAUCCCGACAGUGGGAUUCAAUAUGCGCAAGGUCACCAAAGGAAAUGUAACGAUAAAGCUAUGGGAUCUUGGAGGUCAACCGCGUUUUCGCAGCAUGUGGGAGCGAUACUGCCGAGCAGUUUCAGCCAUUGUUUACGUUGUGGACGCUGCAGAUCAUGAUAACUUGAGCAUCUCAAAGGGUGAACUUCAUGACCUUCUGAGCAAACCAGCGUUGACCGGUAUUCCUUUGCUCGUUUUGGGCAACAAAAUUGACAAAGCCGGGGCCCUCUCUAAGCAAGCUUUGACCGAUCAAAUGGAUUUGAAGUCUAUCGAAGAUAGAGAAGUGUGUUGCUUUAUGAUCUCGUGCAAGAACUCGACAAACAUUGAUUCGGUCAUCAAUUGGCUUGUGAAGCAUUCGAAAUCGCAAAGUUAAGAACAUGACCGAACCAAAUUAGCAAGAACCAUGAUCGCCAUUUUUGUGUGCUUAUUCUUUUUGUCGAGUUUGUCAAACUUUAUGCAGACUAUAGGGCUGUUUCGAGUGAAUUUCCAUAUUGUUUUGUGUCAUGCAUUUUUUCUGCUU